UGACCAUAAAAAUUUAUUUUGCUGUUGUACUAUUGCAUUGUUCCUCUUAGACCACCAGUGACUGGCUGUUUAUUACUGUCAUGAGUAAACCUCAACCUAUUGCCGUGCAAGCACCAACACAGAACGAAGCAACGUACGAGCAACAAAAUGUGCAUGAAGUAUACGAAGCAAUAGCAAGUCACUUUAGCGAUACACGUUACAAGCCAUGGCCGGUGGUAGAAAACUUCCUUCAUGGACUUGCUCCGGGAAGCCUAGGUGCCGAUGUGGGUUGCGGUAAUGGCAAAUACAUUGGCGUUAACCGUAAUGCCGUUAUACUCGGAUCCGACAGGAGCUCGAACCUUAUAAAAAUCGUACGAGAUCGAGGAUUCGAGGGCAUGGUGGCAGAUGGCUUGGACUUACCGUAUCGCUCUCACCUUUUUGAUUUUGCGAUAUCCAUUGCCGUGAUUCAUCACUUUUCUACACCUGAACGAAGGCUGGAGGCACUCAAGGAAUUGGUACGCAUUGUGCGACCCGGCGGACGAAUCUUGGUAUUUGUGUGGGCACUGGAACAAACAAAAUUCAGUAAACGAAAUUUCGAGCCAGGAGAACAGGAUGUAUUUGUGCCAUGGAUGUUGACCAAAAAGAAAACCUCGGAAGACAACCAAGAUGAACCACCUAGGGUCUAUAAUCGAUAUUACCACUUAUUUAGAAAGGGAGAGUUGGAUAUCUUAUUCGAACAAAUCCCCGGGAUUACCAUCGAAUCAUCAGGCUACGAUCGCGAUAACCAUUAUGUCAUUGCAAAAACUUCAUCUACUUGAUAGCUAAUAUAUGCCGCACAAACGUUUUCCUGGAAUUUAUUAAAUUCUCCCGAGUCUCUUAGACCAUCCUUGUAUGCCGUAAAAUGGUGAAAGCUCACUACCUAGGAAACGCUGGCAGCUUAUAGCACAGUGUACUUUUGCGUCAACUGAUCUAAUGAAUGCUGCCUUUAUUGAUAAGGGUCUGCUAUUUGAUUUGUCUCUAGAAAGGUUUAGCCAAUAAAGUUGUGUGUGACAGUAUGCACGUAAACAAUAGUGCAUGGCUAAUCAAGGCGUGCGUUACACGAUAAGCUUAAAGGUGGGAUAGUUAAA